GGUGUCUUUGGGGGCGGCGAGGGCAUCCUGCAAGCCGGGGAGAAGGAGACGAUGCAGAACCUCAACGACCGCCUGGCCGCCUACCUGGACAAAGUGCGAGCCCUGGAGGAGGCCAACACCGACCUGGAGGUGAAGAUCCGCGAGUGGUACAAGAAGCAGGCGCCCGGCCCCGACCGCGACUACAGCCCCUACUACAGGACCAUCGAGGAGCUCCGCACCAAGGUCUUGUUGGCCACAGUGGACAACGCCAACCUCCUCCUGCAGAUUGACAAUGCCAGGCUGACAUCCGACGACUUCAGGACCAAGUUUGAGACGGAGCAGGCUCUGCGCCUGAGCGUGGAGGCCGACAUCAACGGCCUGCGCAGGGUCCUGGACGAGCUGACCCUGGCCAGGGCUGACCUGGAGAUGCAGAUCGAGAACCUCAAGGAGGAGCUGGCCUACCUCAAGAAGAACCACGAGGAGGAGAUGAACGCCCUGCGUGGGCAGGUGGGUGGCGAGAUCAGCGUGGAGAUGGAUGCUGCUCCCGGAAUCGACCUCACCAAGAUCCUGGCGGAGAUGCGGGAGCAGUACGAGACGCUGGCCGAGAAGAACCGGCGCGACGCCGAGCAGUGGUUCUUCAGCAAGACGGAGGAGCUCAACCGCGAGGUGGCCAUCAACACGGAGCAGCUGCAGAGCGGCAAGUCGGAGAUCACGGAGCUGCGGCGCACCAUCCAGAGCCUGGAGACCGACACCGAGGCCCGCUACGGCACCCAGCUGGCCCAGCUGCAGGCCCUCAUCUCCAGCGUGGAGGAGCAGCUGGCCGAGCUGCGCUGCGACAUGGAGCGCCAGAACCACGACUACCGCCUGCUGCUCGACGUCAAGAGCCGCCUGGAGCAGGAGAUCGCCACGUACCGCCGGCUGCUCGAGGGCGAGGACGCGCACAUGACUUCCCACAUAAGAGAAGGGCCCGUAACCACCCGCCAAAUCCGCACCAUCGUCGAGGAGGUCCAGGACGGGAAGGUGAUUUCCUCUCGCGAGCAGGUCCGCCCGUCUCCUCAUUAA